AUAACUUCUCCCGAAAUUUUUGAUAAGAGCGACGAAGACAGUGGUAAUGAAGAAUCAACUGCUUGUCUCGGCAUCAGUUAUUAGCAGCAGCAGAACUUAGAGCCAAGGUAUCUGUAGAGGGACGGAAAGAGGAAAUACAUCAGCAAGAAUCCCAAGAGGAACGACCCACUCCAAGCACUUCACAAAACCUACCCCCCCCCCCCCCAAAACAAAGUAAGCGUACGAUUUCGAGGAAACGGCGUAAUAUGGAUAUCCCACAAAAAGCAGAAAAAAAAUGGACACCUCUAAGUUUCUUGCAAGAUUUUCAUAAUCCACUAGAAUUUUUUGAGUUGUUUUAUGAUGAAGAGGUAAUCGAACUCUGCGGUCACAGACAGAACAAAAUGCAAAGCAGAAAACUGACAAAGUUCUGACAAAAUCAAGCAAUUCAUAGGUAUCCUAUUAUUGUCUGGCUACAAUGGUGUUGCUCGAUACAGAAUGUAUUGGGAGCAAAGCAUUGACUGUCAUUCCUGGUGUAGCAGCUUGUAUGUCAAGAAAUAGGUUUGAAGAACUACUGCGAUUUUAUCACGCAUGCGACCAGACGAAACCAGGCAAGUUUCCACUUGAGGCAUAGUAUCAUUAAACGCAAGGUUAGCUGCAAGAUUGUAUGCGGAACGAUAUCCAGACUUAUACACCCGACAUAUGAGGUGAUUGAACGAUUGGAUUCUGCCUACAGAGAAGGUAGAAUACCUGGAACUCGAGGUUCUCAAUCUGGGAGACCGCGAACAAUUGAGAACGUCGUCGUGCUACAGGAACGCGAAGAGUAUCCCUCGACUUCGGUUCGUAUGAUACAAAGCCGCACUGGAAUACCGAAAUCAUCGAUUCAUCGUAUUUUAAAAAAAAGGUAUCAGUUUCACCCAUACCACUUUUAAAGAGUGCCGACGAAUGCUGCAACUAAAUAGGCAAGAUACCGACUUUUAUCGUAAAGUUUUGUGGACUGAUGAGUCUCAGUGCAGAAGGAACGGAUACCUUAACCUGUACAAUAUUCAUAAUUGGCAGUUAGAAAACCCGCAUGAAACCAGAGAAGACCGUUCACAAUACAUGUUUAAAAUCAAUUUAUGGACAGGAAUCUUCAAUGGUUCAAUAUUAGGACCAAUAGAGCUACCACCGACAUUAAAUGGUGAAAACUUUUUGGCAUUUCUUCAACACCAAUUGCCAACACUCCUAGAGAAUGUGCCACUACAAACACGGGCAACGAUGUGGUACCAAAACGACGGUUGCCCAGCACAUUACGCUCGAGACGUUCGAGCCUAUCUUGACGAUAGGUUCUCAAGAAGGUGGAUUAGGCGAUUGGGGCCAAUCUUAUGUCCCUCGAGAUCCACUGACUUAAAUCCUUUGUAUUUUUUUAUUGGGGUUGUCUUAAGGAUAAAGUGUACCUAAAACCAAUUCACAACGAAAGGGAAAUCCUGCCCGGUGCAGGGCAAGUAUUGCCAGAAUUUUGACUACGGUGGAUUUAUCCCUAUAGUUAAUUCCACCUAUGAAAAUAUGCGGGGAGUUGACCCCCCUUCACGAAAGGUUACCCCUUAGCGCAUUCACGCACGUGAUGUGCAACCACCUCAACGUAGAGCUUCUUCAGCAGGCCAAAGAUGCAUGCCAAGACGUCCUUACACAGUUUUUAGACCUCUACUCUGCGAUGCCAGGCUACCAAUAUAUCCAAAAACCCUAUUUCUGAUUUCAUCAGUCACAUUGGUAGAGUCACCAUCCCUGGAGGAGAUGAAGUUUCUAAUAGCUUUAUUAGGCAGUAGCUUUAUUCCACAAGGUCCAAUGAAUAUCAACGGCGUCGAAAUCCCCUCAGGCAAUUUCGGUGCUAUAAACGCACAAAAUCACAACGUUUACGAAUGUUAUGUUAGCCCAUGUACAAUAUCAGCCCGUGUGUAAGCUACAAAAGCUCAGUGCCUGCAGUCUCGACAUAGAUAACAACGCAAUUGCUAACUGCCGAUUGUUAAAUAAUAACGUAAAAAAAUGUUUGCCGUAACGAUGCUUACGAUAAAUGCAAGUCUCGACAGCCGAGAUACCGAACAAAAUUCUGACAUAUCUUCACUUUAUGAUGUUGUUACGCUAGCAAAAAACGUAUUCAUAGUGCAGUGUUUUCUUAAAAAAAUAUUGGCUGUUAAAAAAUCUCCUUGAAUCACAGGGAAAAUUGGUAGACAUAAUUUUAUAAAAAUAAUUGAUUUUCUUUGAAAAUUGUACAGAAACAGUAGGAACCUUAUGUUAUAAAAAUAUUUUUUAUAGUAACUUACAAGCAGAUUUUACCGUUUCUAAGAAUUGAAGUAAUUUGUUAAAUAUCAAAGGACCUAAAAGUUUGCCUCCUUGCAACACUGAUGUUAAUGUCAAUCCAAAAAAAAACAAAACGGUCAGUUUUGAUUUGACAACGUACCUAACGUAUUUACUAUUAUAAUAAAACAAAAUAUUUAUAUAUUCCGAUUUUUAUCAAAGUUUAUGAUAUAUAUAUUAUGUCUUCGAUGGUGGGGGACACUGACGCAGGCGCAAGCCCGGUUUCGAGAUGCGUUAAGUAAGUACAACUCGAAUCGAAUCUAUCGUUGUUUAUUGAAUGGUUUGUUUAGAGACUGUAAUUUUUGCAUUUUUAAUAUUUACUUCUAUGUAUGUUUCAGACGUAAGCGUACAUCACGCGCUACGAGUGGGCAGCUUGAGGCACUGUUGGCCAUGUUAGAAGCUCGGCCAUAUUUAUAUACC